AGUCACACACACACGCACAUUUACACAGUCAUACACACACGCACAUUCACACACAGUCACACACACAGAAACACACAUUUCACAUAUUCACAGAAAAAGAUCACAUUGCAAUCCAUUUACUCCAAUUUAAUCCGUUUGUAUAUAACGAAUCUCUGCCAUUAUAAUGAAGACAAACCUCCUAAAUACUCCAUGCAAAUACAAACUCCAAAGUAUUAAAAUCACCAACGACUCUAUUCCUCUGCAGAAUAAGAACCAAGAUCACGAAUUCUUCACAGCAGAGGCCGUCAUGAGACUGUUCAUUCUGGCAGUAAUCUUUACAGCUAUUUCGAUUGCCGGGUUCGUUGCCUCGUAUGCCCGCUGUACUGUUUGGCAAGGGAAUACUUGGGUAAACACGUGUGCGUUCGAAACCAGGGCGUCCAUUGCUAUCGGUGGGGCCGCUGCGUUUGCUGGAGCUGUCUUCACUCUUUCCGGCUGCAUAGGACUUCAUAAAAGGGGUGCCUUUGAUGAAAGAUAAUUGGUUAUACAUCUGUUUGAGGAAACUAUGUGAUAACUUUCAUUCACUUUUAUGUGUAAUAAAUGGUUAAUAUGCGUUAUUAUUAUCAUUAUUAUUAUCAUCAUUACUAUUAUUAUUAUUAUUAUUAUUAUUAUAAUCAUUAUUUUAAAUAAAGAUCUGUUCGUGAUA